AUGAGCAACAGUGAGGGGGCUGAGGGUGAUGGUGGAGGUGGCGGUGGCAAUGGCAAAACUGGCCCAACGGAGAAAGACGACAACAAUAACGACGAGUAUGAGAACUACGAUGAACUUGUGGCCAAGUCCCUCCUCAACCUUGGUAAAAUCGCAGAAGACGCUGCCAACCGAGCCAUGACUGAAUCUGAGAUGAACAGCAACUCUUCCAACAGUGCUGAGGAAGAAGAGGAGGAUGAAGAGGAAGAAGAGGAGGAGGAUGACGACGACGACGAUGAUGAUGAAGAGGAGGAGGAGGAAGAAGAAGAAGAUGAUGAGGAAGAAGAUGGGGAAGGGGAUGAAACACACAGGGGUGACAUGAGUUUGGACGUUGAUAGUGAUGUCGUUCGGGAGACGGUGGACUCCCUUAAACUGCUGGCACAAGGUCACGGUGCAGUAUUGGCUGACAAUUUAGAUGGACAGGAGUUUGAGGAUGGUACAGCCGAAAACGGGAAUGAGAAUGACUGUGCUCACCACGGAGGAAAUUCACAUAAUGGUGGUAAUGGACAAGUUAAGACCUCCAGUAACGGACAAAUAGAAAACAGCGACGAGGAAGUGUGUCUAAGCAGCCUGGAGUGCCUACGAAACCAAUGCUUUGACCUUGCUAGGAAACUAAGCGAAACAAAGUCCGCUGACCGAAAUGGACCAUCCCAGCAAAAUCAUUUUUCAUGCGUGGAUCCCAAUCAACAGCCCCAGCAUCACAGCUAUGGGGAUUUCCACCACAGCCAAGAUGAUAGCAGGACACUUGAUAGGAACUAUUCUGACAUGGACAAUCUCAUGAAGCUAGAGGAACAGCUGAGUCCACGUUCCAAGGCUUUCUCCAGUUGUGCACAGGAUGAGCGAUAUCACUCCAACCACCGGGACUUUGAUGAGGACACAGCCUCAGUGACAUCGGACCGAUCAGAAGAAGUGUUUGACAUGACAAAGGGUAACUUGUCCCUAUUGGAGAAGGCCAUUGCACUUGAGUCAGAACGGGCCAAGGCCAUGCGGGAUAAAAUGGCAGCUGAGGCUGCUAGGAGAGACGGUGUGAGGUAUAAUCAUGAAGACCAUGGCCCACGGCAUGGCUACGGUGUUGAGCGUAAAGCCCGGCUUCCUGAUGGUAUGAAGAAGCCUUUUUACCAUAAAGAUGCUUCACGUGCGGACAAGAAAGAGAGUCGGUGUCCAACACCAGGCUGUGAUGGCACGGGUCAUGUGACGGGCCUGUACCCCCAUCAUCGGAGCCUGUCUGGCUGUCCUCACAAAGACAGGGUGCCACCAGAAAUUGUGGCUAUGUAUGAGAAUGUUCUUAAGUGUCCUACGCCUGGCUGCACGGGACGCGGUCAUGUCAAUAGCAACAGAAACUCCCACAGAAGUCUGUCAGGAUGUCCAAUCGCUGCAGCUGAGAAGCUGGCCAAAGCCCAGGAGAAGCACCAGAGCUGUGAUGGCUCCAAGUCCAACCAGGCCUCUGACCGAGUCUUAAGGCCUAUGUGCUUUGUCAAACAACUGGACUAUCCACAAUAUGGUUACAAGAACAAUGUUUCCACCAGCACACCCCGCUCCAACCUGGCCAAGGAGCUGGAGAAGUACUCCAAGACCAGCUUUGACUACAGCGCCUUUGAUGGCAGUAACAACCACCAAGUGUAUGGGAAACGGGCCAUCGCACCCAAAGUUCACGGACAAAGAGACACCUCCCCCAAAGGAUAUGACGCCAAACGUUACUGUAAGAACACCAGCUCAGCCAGCAGCACCACCAGCACCUACGCUCCCAGCAGUAGCAGCAGCAGCCUGAGCUGUGGAGGUGGAGGAGGAGGCGCAGGAGGAGGCAGAGGGGGUGGGGGCAGCAGCGCCAGCAGCACCUGCAGCAAGAGCAGCUUUGACUACAGUCAUGACAUGGAAGCAGCCCACAUGGCUGCCACAGCCAUCCUCAACCUGUCCACCCGCUGCCGGGAAAUGCCCCACGGCAUGGGGGGGAAGCCCCAGGACCUGUGCUCGCAGAGUCCUGGUCUAGAUGUUGAUGAGAAUGGUACACUGGACCUGAGUAUGAGCAAGCGUCUAUGCAGCAGUGGCAGUGGUGGAGGGGACUCAGUGCUCACCCCACUAGAACCCAUGUCCCCUCAGAGGCAAGCUGCCCUGCUGGGCUCCCGCUGCUAUGGCAUGGGGGACACCGCCGACUGCUGGGACCUGCCUGUAGACUACACCAAGAUCAAACACAUGGACGAGGACGAGAAAGAGCCAGAUGACCUGGAUCCCUUCCAUGACCUGCUGGAGGACAGCUCCUACACCACAGAUGUUAACAUGCCCAGCCCCAAGCCAAAGUAUGUCCAGUGUAAAGAGAGUAAGAAGGACCUGAUAACUCUCUCAGGUUGUCCUUUAGCUGAUAAAAGCAUUCGAAGUAUGCUGGCCAACAACGCACAAGAGCUCAAGUGCCCGACACCAGGGUGCGAUGGUUCGGGACAUAUCACUGGCAACUACGCCUCACACAGAAGUCUCUCAGGGUGUCCACGGGCCAGGAAAAGUGGGAUAAAGAUCAUCCACAGUAAAGAGAACAAGGAGGACCAGGAGCCUAUCAGGUGUCCAGUCCCAGGUUGUGAUGGUCAGGGACACGUGACAGGGAAGUAUGCAUCCCACAGAAGUGCAUCAGGAUGCCCCAUAGCAGCCAAGAGACAAAAAGACGGCUACCUAAAUGGCAUCCAGUUCACAUGGAAGUCUGGCAAGACAGAGGGCAUGUCAUGCCCCACACCAGGCUGCGACGGCUCGGGUCACGUCAGCGGCAGCUUCCUGACUCAUCGCAGUCUGUCAGGUUGUCCACGUGCCACCUCCGCCAUGAGGAAAGCCAGGCUUUCUGGAGUGGAAAUGCUUACAAUAAAGCAGCAACAUGCCAGCAACGGACUGGAACAUGAAGAGGACAUAAAACAGCUGGAUGAAGAAAUCAAAGAUUUAAGUGAAUCUAAUUCACAAGUGGAAGCAGACAUGAUCAAACUUAGAACACAGAUUACAACAAUGGAGUCCAACCUGAAGUCCAUAGAGGAGGAAAACAAGGUGAUUGAACAGCAAAAUGAAUCUCUCCUGCAUGAGCUGGCCAACCUCAGCCAGUCACUGAUUAACAGUUUAGCUAAUGUCCAGCUCCCUCAUAUGAAACCACUGGCACACAAAGAGCCUCCACCAAGGAAUAACAGCUGCUUACAGUUGCACCAGCAAGAGCCAAUAAGCGAGCAGAACUUUGAUGCCUAUGUGACCACCCUAACGGAUAUAUAUACAAACCAAGACCAGUACCAGAGCCCAGAAAACAAAGCCCUGUUGGAGAACAUCAAGCAAGCUGUUCAAGGGAUCCAAGUGUAG